AUGGAGGGGGGACGAGCAGGCAAGAGGAAGACGGCGGGGUUUGCCGAGACGUACCCUGAGACAGUCAGCUCCACAGCCGAUGUCGAAGUGUCUCUGUACAGGAAGUUCCCCCAUGUUCCUGGACUGGCGGGGGGCUCAUUAAUCUCUCCCACGGCCCCCUCCUCCUUGCACACAGCGGGCGCCCCCACCCGUCGACGUCACCGGACCACCUUCAGCCAAGAGCAGCUGGAUCAGCUGGAGGCCGCGUUCACGAAAAACCACUACCCGGAUAUCUACUGCCGGGAGGAGCUGGCCAAGGCUACCAAACUCAAUGAGGCGCGCAUCCAGGUUUGGUUCCAGAACCGACGGGCAAAGCAACGAAAGCAGGAACGGGCCCUGCUGAAACCGGGCGCCUCCGGCAUCCUGUCCGUCUGUCCGAUGCCCACGCCACCGCCGCGGCAGUACCAGUACCCUCCCGCUCUUGCGCCGCAUCACCCCCUGCCCCGCUUCCCUGCCACCUACACUCUGCCACCCCCGCUGCCCGCGACCACCGCUGCCCAGUUUCCCUGCCCCGCCUCUCACCACCCUCAAGCUUCCCGUGCUCACAACGGCUGGUACAGCCCCUUGCGUGCCGUGGGUUCCCCCACAGCCCCUCCACCGCCUUCCGUGAUUUCGCUGAGUCUCGACCCCAGCACCCACUGGAACUGA